AUGGCAUCCCGCUACUCGCUCCAGGCAGAGAUGCCACCCACCCGCAAGAGCCUACACCGAAGCCGGCGCAUUCUCACGGACCAGGCAGAUACCGACGGUCAGGCCAUCCCGCCCUCGGACGGUGAAAAGAUCCAGCUCCACAGCCUCCAGCAGCAGCACCAGGUCGCCGCCAAGGGAGCCUCCGUCGCCGCAGACGGCAGCCCAGUCGACCUCAACGACGGGCCCGACCCGCGCGGCUACAAGACGCUCCAAGGCAAGGCACGGUGGGGCCUGACUCCGGACGCCUUCCUCGACGACGACAUCAACGACGAGGGAAGGCGCACCCGCUCCAACCGCGUCCCUUACCUCGAGGGCCUCAGAGGCAUCCUCGGCCUGCAGACGCUCGUGUGGAUCUUUUUCAGGAUGUUUGCGCCCGCCAUUGUGACCGAGUUCGACGUCGACGGCACGCAGCCCGCGCGCUUCAUCGCACAGAGCCCGCAGUGGAUGAACAUCCUCCGCAAGGUCCUCUCGCCUGUCCUGUUCGACGGCAACCUCCAGAUGGCCAUGUUUAUCAUCCUCAGCGGAAGGACUGUCCUGCACACCUUCAUCGAGCGACGCAAGGCCCUCGCCCUCUCCGGUCCGGCUUUCCGCCGCCCCUUCCGACUGCUGCUCCCCGUCGCCGCGACGCUGACCAUUGUCAGCAUCGUCAACGUGGCCGGCGGCUUCACCAACGCCACGCGGAUGGCCGACGACCUGCAAAACGAGCUGGCGCGGCCGCAGCCCAUCUGGGACUCGGCGCUCGAGUUUUUCAAUUCGCUCGUCGUCUACUUUUUCUCGCCCGUCACGUACCGCGACAGCCGCGCGGCCACCUUUAUCCCUCCGGCGGGCAUCCUGUGGUUUGUCACGGUCGUCUUCCAGCAGCUCUACGUGCUCAUCAUCCUCGCCUGGGUGCUGCCCUACACGCUGCUCAAGUACAAGAACCUCGGCCUGCCCCUCUUCAUCAUCACGACGGCUUGGGUGGGCCGGUGGUCGUGGUACACCAUCACGGGCCUGGCCAUCGCAGAGUACUCGGUGGCCUACCUGCCGCUCCUGCCCGCCGCGGGCAUUCCGCUGGACCGCGCAGGACGACGCCACGUGCCCACCUGGCUGCCCGCGCUGGUCUUCACGCUGGCCGGUCUGCUGAUGAAGUACCUCUGGACCGCCGCGCUGCCCGGCAGCUACGCCAACGACUACAUUGUCCACGCCAACACCAACACGGGCAAGCUCAACUACGGCUUCGAGGGCUUCCACAUCGCCAUGCCGCGGUGGGACGACUGGCUGCUCGCCACGGGCCUCUUUGUCCUGGUCGAGACGACGCCCGCGCUCCAGCGCCUGCUGGCCAGCAAGCCCGUGUCCUACUGCGGCCGGUGGAGCUUCAGCAUCGCCCUCCUCUCGGGCACCGUGAUGCAGUCGCUCGGCUCCACCCUCUACGUGCACCUGCGCGACUCGCAGGGCUGGCAGCGCAACGGCGCCGCCACCCUCGCCGCCCUCUUCUUCACCAUGGUCCCCACCUGCCUCGUCGUCGCCGAGGCCUUUUCGCGCAUCGUCGACGACGCCGCACUCUGGCUCGCCCGCUUCAUGUUCAACUUCAUCCGCGAGUAG